AUGCGUUCUUUACAAUUAACUAAUUCAGAAGGUACUAGAUAUAAAUGGAAUAUUAAUGCAAACCGGGAUGAGCUUGAUGUUAUUGAAAACUCUGUAGAUAGGCAAAGCCCAACAAUGCCACCUCCAACAACUAAAAGAUCUUAUGAAGAAGGUGUAUUUAAAAAAAAGGAACAAAGAGAGUUUAGAAAAACUCAUAAUAUUGUUUUGGAUGAAUUGUUUGUUACCAAACCUACAGCAAUGAUUGAAAAGAAAAAAGUCAAAAAUGCAUACUAUAGAAGAGAAACAAGUCCGAAUGUUGAAUUAAAUGAUGAUGAUUUAAUUGAUGGCGGUGAUGAUUUUCAAGCAAGACUUACCUCUCAUAAUCGAUCAAAAGAAAUAAUGGCUGAAGAACAACGUAAGGCUGGCAAAGGAUUAUGGGGUCAAACUGAUAACAAAUAA